UCUUUCCCUCGGGUUUCUGGCUGCAGUGUAGUUGCCGCCCUAGAGGGCCACAUUCUUGUGUGGCGGUGUGAUGGUAUGCUUAGUUAGCGACUCAAACUUAAGUGUUUCCUGGGUAGGCCGCUUGUGCAGCGGAACUGCCGUUUGUGUUUUGCAGGCAAUAUACAAGGCUAGUCGGUGGAAUUAGCAAAAUUGUUCUUUUGUGCCAGGUCUCCAGAUGCAGUUUAAUGAUUUGGCCAGUUCUACCCACCGAUGUUUAGACUUGUGUCUAGAUUUUGGAUUCUCUGUGACCAUAUUUAGUUACUGAACUGCUUACUGCAGGGUUUGAGGAGAUGGUUGAGCAGAACAGCACUGUACAAGGACCAGAAUUAAAGCUGGCUUUUUGCAUAUCAUUAAUGCGUGGUUCAGAAGUGUUAUGACAGCAAUUUGGUAAAAAGUUUAUCUACCACCAUACCUGUAUGAUGUUGAAUUGUUAACAUAUGCUGCUGUGAUUUGAUGAAUGGAAAGGAGUUUGCAAAACUAACAAACCGCUCCCCAACCCUCCCCCCCCAAUAAAAACCCCAGAGAAGUCUAAAAGUGUGUGAGUCAUUUAUUAAUCAAAAAGAUUAGUAAGACUUGGCUCCCCACUUUUUUUCCUUUCACGUUUCCUCUUAUAAAUCGGGCUUUUAAAAACAUUUGAUUCCUCACAGAGCAAUCAUACUCUUAUGGUUAUACAUAUAAAUACUGUUUAUAUAUGUGAUAUAAAAAACAAAGAAAAUUUGUAGGUAAAAGGACACUAUGUGGAAAUAGUGCACGUAUUCACAGUUAGUGCCAAAUUCCUUUGUCUUUUCCUGAAGUAGAAAGUGUUACAUUCUUGUCAGUACUUCUCAUGUGAGGUGGGUUUGUAUUAUGUUUCUUAGAAGAAAAGAAAGGCAGAGAAAACCAGUAUAUUCUUACGUUUGCUUUUUGUGGUGCAUUUCUAUUCCUACAAUAAAUGUUAUAGUUCUAGUUUCUAACAACAUUAAAGCACUCAGAAUUGACUUAAUGUGUCGUUUGAAUUUAUUAAAAUAAAAAUUGUGUAUUUGUAUCACAACAGUGAAAUGAGUUUGUAAUGUUGGAGGGAAGAUAAUCAGAAUGGUACAAAACUGCACUUCAUGCAUAAGGAAAGUGACAUAGUUUACACUGUUUUCAAAAUUUGGAGCUGUAUUUUGUGAAAGAAAUUUUUGUUAGCAAGUGGGGAAAUUGUUUUCCACUGCUUCUCUUAUUUACCCAGAGUAAUCUGCUUAUGAGUAUUAACUCAGAGCUAUUAGAUGUGGUAAGGACAGAAUUGUAGAAUAAUUACAGGGAAAGCAGUUUGAGUUAAUAAAUUAUUUUUUAACUUAUUUUCCUAGAGAACGUAUUUUUAAAUAAAGUACAUACGGUAACCAAAAAUUGAGUUAAUUGACUAAGCUAAACUAAGCUAGCACAAGUCCACAGGCAUCCUUUUUAAUGUCUACAUAAGAAGAAUGAUUUUAAUUUGUAAUCAGUAUGGUCAAAAGAAUAUAAAGAAGUAUUUGAAUACUCUGAUAUUGCUUAAGUUUUAAUUUUCCCAGGUAGUAAAGUAUUCUGUCAUCACCUGUUUUGGUUUCAAGACAUUCAUCUUCCUUCAACAAUAAAAAGAUUUAAGGACCACAGUACAGCUAUGGAUAGUGAACCAAACCCGGGAACAUCUUCGGUGUCGACGACAAACAGUAGCACCACCACCACCACCAUCACUACUUCCUCCUCUCGAAUGCAGCAACCGCAGAUCUCUGUCUAUAGUGGCUCAGACCGGCAUGCUGUACAGGUAAUUCAACAGGCACUGCAUCGCCCUUCCAGCUCAGCUGCUCAGUAUCUACAGCAGAUGUACGCCGCGCAGCAGCAGCACUUGAUGCUGCACACAGCGGCUCUCCAGCAGCAGCACUUAAGCAGCUCCCAGCUUCAGAGCCUUGCUGCUGUUCAGGCAAGCUUGUCCAGUGGAAGACCACCUACAUCCCCCACAGGAAGUGUCACACAACAGUCAAGUAUGUCUCAGACAUCUAUCAACCUCUCUACUUCUCCUACACCUGCACAGUUAAUAAGCCGUUCCCAGGCUUCCAGUUCUACCAGUGGCAGUAUUACCCAACAGACUAUGUUACUAGGGAGUACCUCCCCUACCCUAACGGCAAGCCAAGCUCAAAUGUAUCUCCGAGCUCAAAUGCUGAUUUUCACACCCGCUACCACUGUGGCUGCUGUACAGUCUGACAUUCCUGUUGUCUCGUCGUCAUCGUCAUCUUCCUGUCAGUCUGCAGCUACUCAGGUUCAGAAUUUAACAUUACGCAGCCAGAAGUUGGGUGUAUUAUCUAGCUCACAAAAUGGUCCACCAAAAAGUACUAGUCAAACUCAGUCAUUGACAAUUUGUCAUAACAAAACAACAGUGACCAGUUCUAAGAUCAGCCAACGAGACCCUUCUCCAGAAAGUAAUAAGAAAGGAGAGAGUCCAGGUCUGGAAUCACGGAGCACAGCUGUCACCCGGACAUCAAGUAUUCACCAGUUAAUAGCACCAGCAUCAUAUCCUCCAAUUCAGCCUCAUCCUCUAAUAAAACAUCAGCAGAUUCCUCUUCAUUCACCACCUCCCAAAGUUUCCCAUCAUCAGCUGAUACUACAACAGCAGCAACAACAAAUUCAGCCAAUCACACUUCAAAGUCCAACUCAAGACCCACCGCCCUCCCAGCACUGUAUACCACUCCAAAACCACGGCCUGCCUCCAGCGCCCAGCAGUGCCCAGUCACAGCAUUGUUCACCAAUUCAGAGUCAUCCCCCUCCUCUAGCACUGUCUCCUAGCCAGUCACAGUCAGCACAGCAGUCUGUAGUGGUGUCUCCUCCUCCACCUCAUUCACCAAGUCAGUCUCCUACUAUAAUUAUUCAUCCACAAGCACUUAUUCAGCCACACCCUCUUGUGUCAUCAGCUCUCCAGCCAGGGUCAAACUUGCAGCAGUCCACUGCUAAUCAGGUGCAGCCUACAGCACAGCUGAAUCUUCCAUCCCACCUUCCACUUCCAGCUUCCCCUGUUGUACACAUUGGUCCAGUUCAGCAGUCCGCCUUGGUGUCCCCAGGUCAGCAGAUUGUGUCUCCAACAUCACACCAGCAGUAUUCAACCCUGCAGUCCUCUCCAAUCCCAAUUGCAACCCCUCCACAGAUGUCGACAUCACCUCCAGCUCAGAUUCCACCACUGCCCCUGCAGUCUAUGCAGUCUUUACAAGUGCAGCCUGAAAUUCUAUCCCAGGGUCAGGUUUUGGUGCAGAAUGCUUUGGUGUCUGAAGAGGAGCUUCCAGCUGCAGAAGCUUUGGUCCAGUUGCCAUUUCAGACUCUUCCUCCUCCACAGACUGUUGCGGUAAACCUACAAGUACAACCACCAGCACCCGUUGAUCCACCAGUGGGAAUGCAUUUGAACCAGUGUCAUCUGCACAAAGUUUUUUCUCUUAAGGUUUAUCAAGUAGAAGAUGUCUGUGAGGAAGAAAUGCCAGAAGAGUCAGAAGACUGUGUCCGGAUGGAUAGAACGCCGCCACCACCCACGCUGUCUCCAGCAGCUAUAACUGUGGGGAGAGGAGAAGAUUUGACUUCUGAACAUCCCUUGUUAGAGCAAGUAGAAUUACCUGCAGUGGCAUCAGUCAGUGCUUCAGUAAUUAAAUCUCCUUCAGAUCCUUCACAUGUUUCUGUUCCUCCACCUCCGCUCUUACUUCCAGCUGCUACCACAAGAAGUAAUAGUACAUCUAUGCCCAGUAGUGUACCUAGUGUUGAAAACAAACCUCCACAGGCUAUUGUUAAGCCACAGAUCUUGACCCAUGUUAUUGAAGGUUUUGUGAUUCAGGAGGGAUUGGAGCCAUUUCCUGUGAGUCGUUCAUCUUUGCUGAUUGAACAGCCUGUGAAAAGAAGGCCUGUUUUGGAUAAUCAGGUGAUAAAUUCUGUGUGUGUUCAGCCAGAGCUACAGAAUAAUGCAAAGCAUGCAGAUAAUUCAUCUGACACAGAGAUGGAAGACAUGAUUGCUGAAGAGACAUUAGAAGAAAUGGACAGUGAGUUGCUCAAGUGUGAAUUCUGUGGAAAGAUGGGGUAUGCUAAUGAAUUUCUUCGGUCAAAACGAUUCUGCACUAUGUCCUGUGCCAAAAGGUACAAUGUUAGCUGUUCUAAAAAAUUUGCACUUAGUCGUUGGAAUCGUAAGCCUGAUAAUCAAAGUCUUGGGCAUCGUGGCCGUCGUCCAAGUGGCCCUGAUGGGGCAGCAAGAGAACAUAUCCUUAGGCAGCUUCCAAUUACUUAUCCAUCUGCAGAAGAAGACUUGGCUUCUCAUGAAGAUGCUGUGCCAUCUGCUAUGACAACACGCCUGCGCAGGCAGAGUGAGCGGGAAAGAGAGCGUGAGCUUCGGGAUGUGAGGAUGAGGAAGAUGCCUGAAAACAGUGGCCUGCUGCCAGUGGCACAAACAGAGCCAUCUAUAUGGACAGUUGAUGACGUCUGGGCCUUCAUCCACUCUUUGCCCGGCUGCCAGGAUAUCGCAGAUGAGUUCAGAGCACAGGAGAUUGAUGGACAGGCUCUUCUCUUGCUCAAAGAAGACCAUCUCAUGAGUGCAAUGAAUAUCAAGCUAGGCCCAGCCCUAAAGAUCUGUGCACGCAUCAACUCUCUGAAGGAAUCUUAACAGGAUCAUGAGGCUUUGAGAUAACAGCAAUUGUAUUCUUAAACAAACUUGUAAGGGUAAAGGCUCAAGUUGGCCUAAAAUAUUAUCACUUACUGUGGUGGAUAGCCAAGCACAUUGGGAUCUCUGCAUCAAAGGCUGACAUUUGUACAGAUACAAUAGUUCAUUAUACAUUUUCAUAAUUAGCUAACAUGGGUGAAUUAAUUUUACAGGUUACACACAACACUGAAAGACUUGUUACAGAGGGUCAUGAUAUUUUUCAAAGUGUUUUACUAGAUAAUUUUUUAAAGGUGAUGUUUAUCAUUAAUAUAAAAAUCCUUUUGAAAGUAAUUUAAUAAUUUACAUUUCUCCUCUUUUGAUUUGGUUUUCUUAUAUACAUUUUUCUACCCUAUAAGUUUUCUAUAGGUUGUCAUGAGAGAUAUAAUUUAGGAGUAAUUAAGGAAUAAUUUUGGAGUCCAGUGACUGGAAUUGUAUGCAAUGAGAUAUCAGUGUAUGUUUAAAAACAAAAAGGUCUGUUAAACAGUCGCUUUAUCUAUAAAAAGAAUUGCAUUCUAGCGUGAAUAAUACUGAUCUGGAAGUUAGAUUUGGUUUCUCUUCCAAACUUGACCAAAUAUUUGGUGUGACUGAGGAAGUCUGUUUUCCUCUUAGUUUUUGUUCAUUUAGAGCAGUGGUUCUAAAUGGAGGUCAGUUUUGUUCCCCAGGGGACAUCUGACAAUGUCAAGGGACAUUUUGGUUGUCAUAGCCUAGGGGUUGGGGGGGGAGGGUUGCUAUUCGUAUCUGGCGUGUGGAGGACAGGGAUGUCACUAAAUAUCCUACAGAUGCACAGGACAGCCCUCUACAGCAGAGUCAUUGGUCCAAAAUGUCAGUAGUGCCAGGGUUGAGAAACCGUAAUGAAGGAGUGAUUAAUGUUGGUCUUUUUCACCCAGAGGGAUAUUUUGGGGGGAAAAAAAAGAUGGGAUGUAAUAAGGAAUACAUUGUAUAAUGGAAAUAUUUCAGAUAGCAUUAAUAUUCUGCUGGAAUAUUGUUCCCAGCUUUAUGCAUUCUAGAAAAAGGGGGGGGAAUCCAUUAAGUUGGCAUAUAAAAUGAGGACUAGCAUACCAAUAAUUUGACUCUCAGAAUUGAUUCAUAAUAAUCAUCUUUCAUAUCUCUCUGCACUGAUGAAGGCAUAAUAUGAUUAUGCCUUAAGAACCAGGGCUCGGCCUUUGCUGGCAGGGCGCUAGUUUGUGGUGGCUGUGUGGUUGGUCUUCGGAUUUUUCUAGUGUUGAACAAGGUGGAUCUAGCUAGAAUGCACAUUCCUUUUUCCUUGACUAAAUCCUUGUAUGCUUCCUGCAAAGCACUCUUGGAUAAAUUGAGUCUAAUUUUGUAUGUACAUGUUUUAGGGAAAAAAUCUUUAAAGCAAAACUUUUCAUUGAACAAUUAGUGUUGCGUCAGUUAUGGCACUAAAAGUUGUUGUGGGAGCCCUGUAAGCUAUAUAUAGUCCUGGACAUCAAAAACAUUUGACUCUCUUAUUAUCUUCUCUUUACCAUAUAAUGGAAAUGUUUUAGUAAUUGAAGGAACAUACACAGAUAUUUGGCAGAAGUUCAGUAAGUGAGGAAGAGUCCUUGGGUUUCAGUCAUUGUCACUGAUCUUUUCAGAAAGAUUGUGUUACGCUAUUAGAAGACUAAAGAUGUCAUUAAAGACAUCAGAGAUAUUUAUCUUUUGGCUUUGUGUACAUUAGAGAAUGUUGAUUAUUUUUAUACAAAAAUACAGCGGGUAAUUUUUUUAACCUUUAGAUGCCUCUUGUUUGAAUGUAUGCUUUGUGGGAUUCUUUUGUGUAGUAAUGUUUUUUUAAAAAAAAAAGAUGUUUACUGAUAGUUAUGUGUAGGAUUAGAAUAUGUAAUAUAGAAUAAGGCUCAUGUUCCAGACCUACAAUAGCUUGUAAUGUAUGUCACAUAUUUCUUUUAUAUCACAUUUUUAAUUACUGGAUUAAAGUUUCAAGGAAAGGUAGGUACUCUACAGUCAGUUUUCAUCUAUUAGCAGUUAAUCUUUAUGACAAGAGUUGUCAUAUGGUUUGACUUUUCCCCUCAGCUUGCAAUUUCAGGACACAAGUAAAGGCUUAAGCGUUAGUAGGAGCCAGUCCACUGUAUGAGGGCUGAAGGGCACAAAGGAAACUCUCUCUUGGAAGUAAAACUUUGUCAUAGACGAUCCAUAGACAGUUCACACAAAAUUGAUUCUUUGGGGAUAGACGCCUCUAGCAGUAACGAUCACCUCCCAUGACUAUAUUAUCGAUAUAUAACCUGCAUUACAGGUUCUCCUGUUCACUUGCUCUGCUGAUCCCAGUCAUCAUGUGCCUACCCAGAGCCCCUGUGCCUCACACCAUGCUAGGUGUCCAAGAACACUUACGAGGGGGGCUUCCAUUGGAGAGCACCUUAUAAUCCUAAAUCUUACAAUAAUGUUAAAAACAAUCCAGAUCUUCUGUUGUCCCCACUCAAAACAUACUUAAAAAAUACACUUGCUUUUUUUCCAAUUUAUUUUAGAAAUGGCUCAUUGGCUUUUAAGUAGUAGCUUUACCAUUGACACAGCUGUUUCUUUCUGGAUGAUUUAAUCAUGUGAAUUCUAAAAUUUCAGUUAUAUAUUUAAUGGAUAUAGAUGAUAACACUGGAUGCCCACCUCCCUCCUGAGCUCUAAGCACAGUUUUAGUAUGAAAUAGGUGGGGUGAGUGCUGUUAUUCUCAUUUUCCUUCGUAGUACUACCUGUUUCAGGAUUUUGAUUAAGAGGGAAUGAUAAGCAGAAAGGGGACAUGGGAAGUUCUUCUUACUUUUGCUACCUACGUUUGCAUUUUCUGAAGGAAAUCCCAAGUCUGAAAUUUUACUUGCGUUAAGCCAUGUGUGCUUAAGAAAGUAAACAGCUGGUUUGUAAAAAUUGUUUAUUACACGAUGCGUGUUUUCCUCAAGCCUUAUGUGGGCAUGUGUCUUACACAGCGGUGCAGCCUUGAUAAGAUCAGUAUGAAAGUGCUGUCCCACAUCCUGUCAAUUUCUAAGGGGCUGGUUAUUUUCCCAUGAUGGUACUUUUAAUUUGCUGGGGCAUUCUCUAAACAGACCCUUCUAAAGUCUCAGUUUAAGGGCUGUCCCCUCUGAACAGAGAAUGUGGAGUAGGCGGAAAGCAUGUCAGUGAUGGGGCUUGAGGACAGGAGAAGCAGACAGGAGACCUGCCACGUUUAGUUUAUCCACCUUAACACUGCACACAUCUCUGUACUUUUGAAGUUAAUACUCAUUUUACCUAGUUUUAAAUAGAUUUAAACAGAAAAAAAUUUUUUUAGGUAGCCCACUUAAAUUUUUGACAUAGCUAAUUUCCCCAUAUGCAGUGUGAUGUUAUAGUCAGAAGUGGAUUCAGAUACCAGUCUUGGAUUGAAAUCUGUCCUAGUGCCUCAUGUCACCUGACUUGUUCAGCUAAAUAUUGUGAAGACCCACUGUUUGCAUUUGCAAGGUUUUGGUGCCGCCAUGGCAUAAAGUGUGGUAGUGAGGCAGUGCAGAGAUUGUGUGUGGUUUUAGGCUGUGUUUACAUGUGUGUAUGGAGAAGGCAGUGGCACCCCACUCCAGUACUCUUGCCUGGAAAAUCCCAUGGACGGAGGAGCCUGGAAGGCUGCAGUCCACGGGGUCACCAAGAGUCGGACACGACUGAGCGACUUCACUUCACUACAUGUGUGUAAAGAAUUUUGGAAAGAAGAAACUCGUACAGAUGCAUGGGAAAGAUGCUGUCUUCACAGCCGUAUCACAUGGGAGAAAUCCCUGGCUGGACACACUGUUAGAACAUUUCAAAAAUGUAUUUUCAACUAGAACAGCUUGGUUAUAUUUUGUGGUUUGAAGAUCCUCCCCCUCAUUGAAUGGCAAGAACUCAUGCUGCCUCUGAGCAAUGGGCAUUGAGGAACAUUAUUACCUAAUAGGAUGAAAGGGCCUCGUUCCCCCUUACCUCCUCAAGCCCAAAGGAGACUGAUAACUUUCUUCUUUGCCUGAGAAGCCCUACAGACAACUCGGUGGUAGGGUUAAUUUCGGGGAGGAACUAACUGGGGCAGGAAUUUCAAAUACCUAGCCCUCACUCAUGUCUUGAGCAGCCUCUGAGCGGUGGAAGCUGGCCACUCUGCACAGUGUGCUCUCAGAUGUUUCCUGCACACUACUACUGGGCCCUGGGGAAGGUCUUCUAGGGGAGAUGACAGGGAAGUGGGGAAGAGACAAACAGAAAGAAAAGCAUUCCAGACCCAAGAGGAUAAUUCAGUUAACUGAGUGAGGUGGUAUUGUAUAGAUAUGGCCAUUCGUAGUUCAAAUAAAUUGUAAUGGUUGGGUUCCAUUUACUGCAGUAAACAGGAUACGGGGUGGUUUUUUUCCCUUAAUGUCAAGAUUUACCUGUAAUCAAAGUCAUUCUUUUACUGUCCUGGUCAAAUGAUCCUGCCCUUAGGAGCACAUGAAUAGUUCCAGUGAUACAUAAAUCGGUGAUUUUUGACUUCUGAGAAAGGUUAACAGCUGGUAUAGUUGGGAAGAGUGUUUGUCAAGAACUCAAAGGUUUUAUGAGUUAUCAGAAUUAUAUAGAGGAGAGAAUAUCCAUGGAUAGUAUUUGGUUAGGGUGUGUCUUGGUCUAAGAAUUGGAUGACUAGAGCUGUAGGGUUCUGUUUUCUUAGUGUGGAUUUCAGUAACUACAAGCCUACCUCUUUCUUUGAUGCACAGCCGUGUGGUUCUUGAAAAAACUGUUUAAUCUACUUUCAUCAAAAUUGGUAUUUCUGAAUCUAUUUAGAGCAUUUGAUUUUUAUCUAACAGUUGUGAUUCAAUUAAAUAAGCACAAAUGCAGUAUUAGGGAAAGUAAAUAUGCAAUCUUAUUAAAAUUUAAUUUCAGCCUAUAAGCUGUACACUUUAAAAAGAUUCUUUGGGAAGAUAAUUCCUUUUUUGUUAGAAGUUCAAAAAAUGUAUCAUAUAGUUUUACUCAUAGCACUAAUAUAAGCCAUUUCUUCAGUAAAAAAAUGUUGAAAAUUAUAUUAUCUUCUUUGGAAAAUUCCUAAAUUUUUAAGAAGUUUUAGAAGUUUUUACAUAUUAUUUUUCAGAGCUUAUUUAAUCUAUUUUAAAAUAAUACUAUGAUAGUUGUUUUUGAAAGUUGUAAAGCACUAGUACAAAUCAUCAUCAUCAUCAUCAUCAUAUUCCCCAGCAAAACAUGUGGUUUUCUGAGCUUGCAUUCUAGUAUACUUGCAUGAAAAGGGAGACCUGCCCUCCUCCUCGGAUCUGAAGCCCAGCUUCUCUAAUAAAAGCUCUCCCAUUCUACUCUGACACACACCUCUUAAAAUGCCGUGUUCAUGGAAGCUUUGGGAAAUGCCUUCCAUUUUUUUCCCCCUUUGAACAGCUUGUGAACAUUUAGCUUUACUUAUGAAAGGUGACUCUUCCAGCCUCCGACAUUAGGGAAGAAGUACAUUAAAACAUUUUUCUCUACUGAAAAGUACAGUUGCUGUCAAUGCUAUUGGUGGCAUCAGUAUGAAUCCAUGAAAGAAAACCUGUGCCAGGGUUUGAAAAUAUUUUAAAAAGUAAUGAAUGAAAUUUAAUUUGGACAAAAGAAAUCUACAUAAAUUUAAAACACUUACUAUGCUAACAUGGUACAGUUUUAAAUAUAAGAGUAAUAAAAGGAAGUCCUCUUAGACCACCUAUUUAAAUUGAUGCCAGUAAUCUUAAGGAUGGAUAGUAGUUGUCAUUUAUUGACUUAAAAGUUACACUUUAGGGACUAUUAUCAGUGUUAAAUCCUUGAUUUUUGUGGAGCUUUAAUGGAUGGAGGUGGAAAAGUUGGUGAUUGUAAGAGUGAUGAGGAAUGGUAGUGAAAUGAACAUCAACCUAUUUUAGAAAAGGAACUUUAGUCUUGCCUCAAGCAAACCAGAUGUAUUCAUUGCUAAAAUCUUUUCUAAUAUUUAUGUUAAAACCAUAAUUUUAGAUAAUACUAAAUAAUUACUUCAUUAGCAAAUAAUUGGACAUAAUCAUUAAAUGAACAUGGUAAGUGAAGAUAAAAUACUGGCUGGGAGACUGGAGUUUUACUUAUAGUUCUUAAAUUAGCUGUGUGAUAUCUUAGGCCAUUACUAAGCUUAUAACCUUUUCCCUCUUCUGAAUAUUCAGUAUGGAGCCUAUACUACUCAAAAGGUUGAUUUUGUUUAAAUCAUCUUUAAGCUGUAUAAACUAUGAUUCCAGACCACAUAGUGGGGUAUUUUUUAAAAGUUGCUCCUACUUAUUUCUCUCUUAAUUUCUUUUUUUUAAUGGUUUGUUUCACACUUAAGAGCUUUGACUAAAAGAUAAUUAUUUAUUAUGAUCCAUUUCCUGGGACACCCACAGUCUUUGUUCUCCUUAGGAUUAAGGUAGAAAAUUCACACAGAUGAGCUAAUGAGAUUUUUCUAAAUGCUUGCUAAAUCACUAAACACGUCUAAAUACUGCCAUUCACUUAUCCAUUCACUUAGCAAACCAUUGGAACAUCUACUAUGUAGUGUGCAGUGUGUGGUUGGUAUACCUGACUGAAGGAACCAGUAAUAACAAAACCCUCUCUCGCCCUCGGUUUUGAUUGUGGCAUAAACAAACAUGUAAUUACUAUUACUUAAUGCAGUGAAUAUAAACCUGGAGCUGAUUUAUGCAUUGGGUAAAGGAUUAAGCUAGAUGCAUAUCCAAGGGGUCUGACUGAAUCAUAUCACAAUUCCUAUAACACAUUUUGCAUUCUAAUCCAUGUACCUGAUUAGGUUAUAAAAUUAAAGGUACUUAAUAUUAGGAUUUACAUUUUGAAACUAUUUUAACAGCCCAUAUUUCUCAAUUAUUUUGACACUUGAGUCUAUUCCAGAGGUGUUGAUAUGCAGGGUGUGUGACAGAACAAUUACAAGGAAAAGCUGGUGCUGGCUUACUAUAUACACUUUGUACUACGAAAGCUUUACUACGAAAUACUUCACUAGUAUUGACUGCAGUAACUUCUGAAAACUGAAAAAUCUCAAAGGAGCUUGCUGAACAGGUUUAGUUUUUGUGUUUCUUUUUAAAGCAAGAAAUACUACAUAAAAUUCUACAGUUAUCACAAAUAUAUACUUUUUAGAAAGCACACAUCUUUUACAUAGUAAAAGGGUUUCCUUUAACAUGCAGAACCUGUAAACAAUAAACAGUUCUGUGCUUGGAGCUUGAAUUUACAAGUAUUUGGGGAGCAAACAUAGAAUGGGAGGAUUGAUUUAAUUGGGUAGAAAUUUCCUUGCCACCAGAGGGUUCUGAGUUAUGGUGUAAUUUCCUGUUUGAUACAACUUUUUAUAUAUUUCUCCAUAAAGAUGCAAAAUGAAAAAAGAUUAAAAAAAACUUUUCUGUAUCAUAGUUACAGCUUUUUAAAGCAGGAAAAUGUCCAAAUUAGUGUUAAGAAUAGAAUCUGUAAUAAAGUGUUUGUAAAUAGGAACACUAACAUCCAAGUAACCAGAUAGUCUGGGUUUAAAAAAUUUUUUCCAUGGUACUGGUUAAAACUUUUAAAGUAUUUUAGUUUACCUAGUUUUUCAAAUAUUUUUGCUGUUAAAAUAUUACAUAAAUAUUUUUUGUAUGUGUAUUCUAAAUUUUAAAAAACCAGUUUGAGUGUGCAAAGAUGGUAAUAAUUUAAUACAUCUAAUUUCCAAGACAUUUAACUAGAUUCUCAAUCACCUCAUUCAAAAGCAUGUUUUUUUCCAGUGGAAAAAGAAGUCAAAGUAAGCUCUCAAAAUUAUCGUCAAAGUGAGGGGUGAGCUUGUGAUGAAGGUUGGAGUUGUAGACAGCAGUGUGCAGAUGGAGGCUGGCAUGGGUGUUGGGCAUUUCAAGCCUCUUUGUUGAAUUAGUCCUUUUUGUCUUCUUGCUUGUUGAAAGCAUGCUUUUUGCUGUUGAUUUAACAAAGGCAGAUUGUGAUAAAUUUUUUUUUUAAAAACUUUAUUUUUGAUGCUUCAAGCACAUAUUAACUGAUUUUUAAAAUUCCUCCUUUUGGUUCCUCCCAUUGUCCUAAAAUAGGAUUUCCAUAUUUUAAAACCUCAAACACUGAUCCAUGCAGAAUGAACAAAAAGCAUCAACAAGGGGAAAUAAAACAUUUUUUAUCUUUAUAAAAAACAAAUGUUAAGAUUAUAUAUAGAUGUAUUCUUUAUGUUGGAUAUUGUACUAGAGUCCUCCUCACAGGAAAUAGUUCUAGAACUCUUAGCAUUAGCGUUCCUAGAUUGGUGUCUGUAGCUACCAGUUUUAAAAUGUAUAACCUGAAAAUGAAGUUAAUUUUGCAUUAUAAGAGCACACCAUGAUCUAUGUAAAAAGCUUGUCCAUUUGGUGUAUUUUUUUAAAAGAGAAAGCACUUUCAUAUUAACCGUAGCAUGUGUAUGAAUUUUAGAUUUUCAUAUUUGUGUCUGUAUUCAGUGAAGUAAAAUUGAACAUUCAGAUGUUUGUUGAUGGCAACAUUAACUGUUAAAUUAAAGCACCUUAUACUCUGCUGCUUAAACUUGCUUGUAAUUGCACCUUUGUUAACCUGCACAUUUUCACAUAGAAUAUUGUUGUAACAUUGCUUCAUGUGGGUCUGGAUGGAAGGUUAGUGGGCCUACAGGAUCAUUUAUUUAUAUUGUUUAUAUUACAAUAAUAUAUUGUAGACCAGUUGUAAGUUCAUUUCUUUACAAAUAAAAGCUUCUUCCAUUUGGCUGUUC